GUAAUCCAAUCAAACCUCAAUUGUUUGUCGGUUAUGAAUCUUAUGGAGAAAAAGUUAAUCGGAUAUGGCUGCUCGUGGGAAAAUAUAUAUCAUAAAAAAACAUUUAUGUCAAUUUAAAAUAUUCUUUUUCUAUAGAGCUUGAUGAAAUUUAAGUGCACUAUUAUAAUAUUUAAAAACAAUUGGACAAUCGCCGACAAACAAUUUACACUAAAAAAAGAUAGAAAUAAAAAAUCAGUCAGCAAAGUUCACGGAGGUGAAAGUUCAUUAUCGAACGAAAGCGUGUUCUGCUGAUCGUGAAUUGUCGUGACUGACAUAUGUACUUCUCCUUUUGAUUCGAAACGUCAACAAGUCAAACUCGAGUCAUGGAGUGGUGAACUUGUAAAUAAAAGAAUAUAUUUUGUUAGUUUACGAUAAUUCACAAUGACGACAGUGUGUGUCAAGAAAGAUGAAAAAUCGCCGAGUAAAUUGGAAACAGAUUUGUCACAAAAUAAAACUGAAAUAGUUCAUAAUGUUGUGAAAAAAUACGACCUUGACAAAUGUGUCGAAUGGAUCAAAGCACGUGGUCUCGAAAGGGUAUGUCUCCAGUUUCCAGACUCUUUACUAUCAAUAUCUGCUCAAGUUUCUCUGUACCUUGAACAAAAUCUUGGAAAAAAAGUAUUCAUUCUUGGUGACACCACAUGCGGCAGUUGUUGCGUUGAUGAAAUUGCUGCAAAUCAUAUAAACGCUGAUGGAAUAGUGCACUUUGGUCAUGCCUGUUUGAAUCCUACAUCUCGUCUCGAAGUUUUUCACGUAUUGGAGAAAAGCGACAUCGACACUGAUUUAUUAGUACAAACAAUAUCCGAAUUUUUUGUCGAUACCACGAGGAAAUAUAUUUUAUUUUAUGAUGUGGCCUAUGCUCAUGCGAUCGAGGCCGUCCAGAAGUUGCUGAAAUCCAAAUAUUCCAUGUUGAUAGUAACAACGUUGAGUUGCAUGUCAAAUGUCGAUUUCACGAUGACAAAAAACAGCCCAGAAGUUUUGAUAUCCGGCCGAUCGUGGACACUUGAAAAUGGCUAUAAAAUUGAAGAUUACGAAGCGUUGUAUAUCGGCAAAAAUGAUAAAACGUUGGCCUCCUUGGCACUGAGCAUACCUGCCAAAUUUUGGUACCAUACACUUGGCAACACGGUAACACAAUUCGAAAUAGUCGCGAAUCCCUGGCUCAAAAGACGACGGUAUCUCGUCGAAAAACUCAAAGACGCUCGUACUGUUGGAAUCGUCGUUGCAACUCUUGGCAUUAAAAAUUAUCUUGAAUCUUUAAACUCGAUAAAACGGGUUCUUAAAGAAAAAAAUAAAAAAUCGUAUAUAUUUAGCGUGGGGAAAUUAAAUCCGGCAAAACUCGCCAAUUUUCCUGAGGUGGAUGCUUUUGUGGUUAUAGCCUGUCCAGAAAAUGAGAUUUUUGAUUCAAAAGAAUUCUACAAGCCGCUGUUAACACCGUUCGAAGUGGAGUUGGCAUUCAACAGUUCUCGCAGUUUAUCAACGCACUAUUGUCUUGAUUUUAGGCAAAUAUUGCCAGGUGGUGCUAAUUACGUAGAAUUCAAAACAUCAGAAGAAACUGACGUUUCACUAAUAACUGGUGAACUUCGAAGCUCUGAGAAAGAAGUCUUUUUGGCAGAAACAAUGAACGCUUUAUCUCAAAAAGAACCAGGCACUAUGAUGAUUGGGAAAGCUGGUGCAAGUUUUCUCAACGAAAGAACGUGGAAAGGCGUCGAACAAAGACUGGGCGAGGAUGAAAUUAAACCAGCAGAAAAAGGACGUAGUGGUCUACCAAUAAGUUAUGCCAAUGAACAAAUUUAUAGAUAAUUAUAGAGAAGAGUUAAAUAAAACUUGAACAUUAGAAAUA